AUGUAUGCAAACCAACCAAUCGGAGAGCAGGCGCAUGGCGUGCUCCGCGCAUUUAGACGACUUGCACAAUGUCGGUCUGUCCACUUGCACUCGCGUCGAGGAGCACAUUCUGCCGCUGUUCGCGAGAACCCGCAAGACUCCUCGAAUCCUGCCAUGUCAUUUCCCUGUCUCGAUGCCCAGGACGCCCGUACCGCAACCCUCUCCACACGAUCACUCAAUUCCGGCCCUGAACCGUCGUACACUACCGGUCACCACGAAAACUUCCAUUGCAAAGAUGCCUUGCUCCUCGACUGGGGCGGCACAUUACCCGAGUUUGAUAUUGCCUAUGAGACCUGGGGGACAUUGAAUUCCAACAAAAGCAAUGCCAUUCUGCUCCACACCGGGCUAUCAGCAUCGAGCCACGCUCAUAGCACGCCGUCCAAUCCAAAGAAUGGGUGGUGGGAGAAAUUCAUCGGGCCUGGUGCGCCGUUGGACACAAAUAAAUAUUAUAUUAUCUGCACAAACGUGAUCGGCGGAUGCUAUGGAAGCACGGGGCCGUCGACCAUCGAUCCAUCCGACGGGAAGCGCUAUGCUACUCGGUUUCCCAUCUUGACAAUGGAAGAUAUGGUUCGCGCACAGUUCAGGCUGCUUGAUUCUCUGGGAAUCCAGAAGCUGCAUGCAUCUGUAGGGUCUAGUAUGGGGGGAAUGCAGAGUUUGGCUGCUGGUGUAUUAUUUCCGGAAAGAAUUGGAAGAAUUGUCAGUAUUAGUGGGUGCGCGCGCAGUCAUCCAUACAGCAUUGCGAUGAGGCAUACGCAGCGACAGGUCUUGAUGAUGGAUCCGAACUGGCAGCGGGGCUUCUACUACGAUUCGAUACCCCCUCAUUCUGGUAUGAAGCUGGCACGUGAGAUUGCUACAGUCACUUAUAGGAGUGGGCCGGAAUGGGAAAAAAGAUUUGGAAGAAAGCGCGCAGACCCUCGCAAACAACCUGCCCUAUGCCCGGAUUUCCUGAUCGAAACGUAUCUCGACCAUGCUGGAGAGAAAUUUUGUCUGGAAUACGACCCAAAUAGCUUGCUGUACGUUUCUAAAGCGAUGGAUCUCUUUGACUUGGGCUAUUCCAACCAGACAGAAACUCGCACAAGAAGAGAACAAUUUGCGACUAAGCUCUCAAAAGGACAGGUUGGGUCAAGUGAUGCUUCUUGCAGCUUAACAUUGCCCGACCAGCCCUAUGAGGAACAACCAUCUGUCACCAGUUCCGUAACACCCAUGAAUGAACCUACCGCAGCAAACGUGACCACAGGUCCACCUGAAGAUCUUGUGCUUGGAAUGGCGCCUUUGAAAGACCAUUCUGUGUUAGUGAUGGGUGUUGCAAGCGACAUCCUUUUUCCGGCAUGGCAGCAGCGCGAGAUCGCUGAGACGUUGCUCGCUGCUGGCAACAAGCAGGUCGAGCAUGUCGAAUUAGGUGAGGAUGUUUCUCUCUUCGGGCACGACACAUUCCUGUUGGACCUUGAGAAUAUCGGUGGAAGAGUGGGCAAGUUUUUGGACUGA